UUUCAUCGCAGCCAACCACCUUCAGUGCUUCGAGAAUCAUUUGAAGCAAGGAAUCACCUCGCAACUGUUUAAGUUUAACGCAGCCGGCAUGGAAGCUCUGGCAUCAUUCACCGCCGCCGCAGUCCCGCCGCCUUCUCUCCCAACCUCUGUCCCUUUAAAAGCCAAUCGCCUUUCGUCCAAACGCAUCAUCCGCUUCUCCGCCUCCCACAGAAGUAAUAGAAACGGACCUGAUAUCCCAUCCGACUGCGAUGGGCCAGCCUUCGAUCCAAUCAUUCCCAAUCAGACACUUUCCGAGGACGUGGCGAUGGGGUUAGUUCUGAGAGCUGCGAACGUUCGAGGCUGGACUACAGGUUCAGGGAUGGAAGGACCGCCGGUUCCGGCUGGUGCAAAACCGGAUUCGGGAACGGAGCAAGUAUCUACCUUCCCUUGGUCCCUCUUUACCAAAUCUCCCCGACGUCGUAUGCGUGUGGCCUUCACCUGCAACGUCUGUGGACAGCGCACAACUCGCGCCAUCAACCCUCAUGCUUACACGGAUGGUACCGUCUUUGUUCAGUGUUGUGGAUGCAACAUAUAUCACAAACUGGUGGAUAAUUUGAACCUGUUUCAUGACAUGAAAUGUUAUGUGAAUUCUAGUUUUAAUCCGAAUCCAAACAGUGCCCUUAGCUUUGAGUACAUGGACUUGGAUGAUGACAAACGAGAUGAAUGAUACUUUACCACAUCAAUUCUUAGGGGUUGAUGCGGUCAAGAUGUGGACGAUUUAUAUCACAGAGUUGUCUUAUGGAACAAGAUUGGAACUCAUACUGGGCAAAUGUAUAGUUGGACUGGAUUGGGGGCUUCUGGUUCCCACAACUAGCUCCUUCAAAAAAUUGGUCCAGAAGAAGCACACUCUGAAGUGUGAACCACAAUAGAGAUUAGAGACCAACACUAUAACCAAUCUGUAUCUAGGGACUUACUUGGCCCCGGUUUGCUUUCAGCUCCAAUUGUAGCAUUGCCCGUAAAAGAACCGAACGUGGGCUAUGAGUUGUGUUUUGGUUCUGAUUAGGUAUUGGCUCUGAAUACCCUAUCUUUCAUUUAAAAAAACUGUCAUUCCUGCUCUAUUC